AUGAAAAGAUCCGAUUCUGCAUCAAUUCGUUCAACACAACAAAAAACACAUCAUGAUAACAAUAUUGACAAAUUAACGGAUUUCAAAAAAACGCCAAAUUCUCCAUGUACUACUACUAAUAAUAAUAACAAUCAUAGUAAUCAUAAUCAUAAUAAUCAUAAUAGUAAUUCACCAACAUUUUCCAUACAUUCAGCACCAUUUCUUCUAAAUCCACAACCAAAUGAUACAACACAAUUAACACCGAAAUCCACAAUGUACGACGCAAAUAUUGGUUCAUUUUCUAUGACAAGUGUUAAAGAAAUAUUAGAACGUUUAAAAAUGGAAGUUGAAUUUGAACGUAAUAAACGUACCAUAAUAGCUAGACAACGUAAUCAAGAUAUACACAAAUUGACAACACGUUCAAAAGCUGAAAAUCGUAUCUUGUUGUGUGCAUUAAAACAUGCUGAAAAUAAAGCUAGAAUGUAUCGUGAUGAAUAUCAUAAGUUGAAAACUAAAGUUCAAACAAAAUUGAUCAAUUCUGAACAGGAGAAUUGUAAAAAUUUAACUACUAAUGCUAUAAUCAGAAACAAAGAAAUAUUUUCGAAUGAAAAAAGAACAUUUUUAAAAAAUCAAUCUGACUGGAUGAUUAAUAGAAAUGAUUGUAAAUUACUGAGCUAUUCAUGUCAGAAGGACCAACGAUUAAAAGGUGGUAUUUGA